GGUGUGAAGACAAAAAAUUUAUAUCUGUGACGUUUGUUAGUCUUAAAAUCAGAAGGAGUUUGUUAAACCUGAGCGGGCUCGAUUACAUAUAAAUGUAUCACAUUGGGGAAAAAAAGUACAGCUCGAUUUAGUUGUAUGUUGCUACUCGGACAGAAAUCUUCGACGGACCACACACUUCAACCCUAUCGCCGAUACAAACAAGGAGAAAAUAAACAAUAUUGUUUAGUAGUUUGCAAAAACAGGCUGGUCUCGUUCAGUAUGAUCUUACUAACGAUGAUCGCUCGAGUAGCAGACGGGCUUCCAUUGGCGGCAUCCAUCCAGGAAGACGAGCAGUCCGGCAGAGACCUGCAGCAGCAGCAGAGUCAGGCCAAACAGCUCUUCCGUAAGCUGAAUGCUAACAGUCCAGAGCGGUGCACCCUGGAGGCCGGGAGCAUGAACUUUCAUUACCUGAUAGCCCAGGGUAUAUGUUACCUGUCCCUGUGUGAGGCUAAGUUCCCUAAAAAGAUGGCUUUCGCCUUCCUUGAAGACCUCCACAAUGAGUUCCAUGAGCAGUAUGGAAAAAGAGCGUCCACAGUGACAAGACCGUACUCCUUCAUUGAGUUUGAUACAUUUAUCCAGAAAAAGAAGAAGUCAUACGUAGACAUCAGGACCCGGAGGAACUUGGGUAGCGUCAGCACAGAGCUGCAGGAUGUGCAGAGAAUCAUGGUGACAAAUAUUGAGGAGGUCCUGCAAAGAGGAGAGGCUCUUUCUUCUCUGGACACAAAAGCCAGCCACCUGUCAGACCUGUCCCAGAAAUACCGCAGUGACGCCAAAUACCUCAACACUCGAUCCACUUAUGCGAAGGUGGCAGCCGUGGCUGUGGUCUUCAUCACACUCAUCAUCUAUGUGCGGUUUUACUGGCUCUAAUGGAUGCACAAACCAGAACUGUGGUUAUCCGUAUUUUUUUUCUUUCUUUUUUUGUUGGUCCAGUCAUUUCUAUUGAGGUGGUUGAACUGUUUACUGACGUGAAGAAUAUGGAGUCUGAUGUUCAGAAAUCCUCUCGUACGCUGUUACAUCGUCUAUUGUUAAUGUAUUUGGAGAGAAGAAACGCAAUUUAAAAAAUAAAACAAAUUAUGGUAAAGAAACGUAGUUUUCCUCUAAAUUUUGAAUUAUAAUUUAUUCAUAAAUUCAUCACUGUGAUCGUCUUAAGGCAUAAAGAAUGUAGUUGAGUUACAAGAUCAAAAUAGAAAAAUGAAGACUUGUUGUUUUUUAAUAAAAUAUUUCCUGAACAAAUCUUAGUGUGUUUAAAACCAUAGCAGCUCCUUUAUUUAUUUUUAUUUCAGUUAUUUUUUACAGUAAAGUUUGUGUUUUUGUUUCAGCACAAGCUCGUUUUGCUUUGUUCGGCAUCAAAUAUGUCAAUGUUUUUAGAUGUUUUUUUUAAGAAAUAAUUUUUUACAAGUUUUGUAUUUGUCUUUUGCUUUCUCAGGGUUUUUGAAUCUCAGUUUUGUUAUAUAUAUAAAAAACAAAAUUAAAACAGAUGCAAAUGGUUGGUUUGAGUUUUUAUUGCUGGAAUGAUAUUUCAGUGAUGAAAAUCCCAACAAUUAUACGCUGUGAUGGCAGUAAGACGAUAAGAGGUCAAAGCUGGAUUCCCGAAACCACAUCAUGAGAGACUUUAAAAAAAA